AUCGUGUCUCAAGCAUCGCUAGUCGACAGAGGCCAGUAUCUUCACGGUCUGCUCAAGGAGCGUAUUUACGGUGGAGAAUUGGGAGGCGGGGGAAACGGUCCGAAUCCAAACAAGAUACAACAUCGGACUUGGACUCACAGUGACACGAUAAAUAUGCUCGCUCUCACAGCGCGCUAUCGUGCGUGGUCCUUUCCCCUCAUCCGUUCAAUGGCGUCUGUAUCUGCCAGCGGCGCUGGAGGCGCUAAGAUCAUCGAUGGUACGGCCCUCGCAAAGUCCAUCCGAGAUGGUGUCGCGCAGAGGCUAAGCGCGAUGAAAGCCAAGUAUCCGCGCUUCGAACCACAGCUCGCCAUCAUCCAGGCAGGCGCUCGUCCGGAUUCUAGCGUGUAUGUGCGCAUGAAGGCUAAGGCGGCGGAGGAGGUCGGCGUGAAGUUCAAACAUGUCAACCUCCCAGCCGAGGCGGAAGUCGACGAGAUCGUUCGCAUCGUCAAGCAACUCAAUGAUGACCAGACGGUCAGUGGCAUUUUGGUUCAGCUACCCCUUGGCGAGCAUGUGGGGGCUGCUGGUGAGCGGACGGUCACUGAGGCAGUAAGUCCUGAGAAGGACGUCGACGGUUUCCAUGCAUACAACAUCGGCCAUCUCUCUUCCCGUGCUGCAGACCCGCUCUUCACCCCUUGCACCCCAGCUGGUGUUAUCCGUCUACUGGAGUCUACGGGUGUUCCCAUCGCAGGCGCGCAGGCAGUCGUUCUUGGACGCAGCGAUAUUGUUGGUAGCCCGGUAGCUGCUAUGCUGAGAAGCAAAGAUGCCACGGUUACACAGUGCCAUAGUCGCACCAAGAACUUGGAGCAGAUCAUCCGGUCGGCUGACAUCUUAGUUGCUGCCAUUGGACGUGCCCAGUUCGUCCAAGGAGAAUGGAUCAAGCCCGGUGCUGUGGUUAUCGACGUCGGUACUAACUACAUUCCAGAUGCGACGAAGAAGUCUGGACAACGUCUCGUCGGUGAUGUCGACUUCGAUUCAGCUGUGUCCGUGGCCUCUCACAUCACGCCGGUUCCCGGUGGCGUUGGGCCCAUGACUGUCGCUAUGCUCAUGGAGAAUACUCUGAAGUCCGCGGAGCGUCUAUGGGAGCAGACUCGUUCCCUGAAGGUCAAACCACUCAAGCUGGACAUCAAAGAGAAAGUGCCGAGUGAUAUCGUAAUCGCUAUGGCGCAGACGCCCAAGCCUAUUACCCAGUUGGGGCACGAGAUUGGCUUGCUUCCGAGCGAACUCGAGAGCUAUGGCCAGUACAAGGCCAAGGUCGAGCUCGGCGUUCUGGACCGGCUGGCGCACAGGAAAGACGGCAAAUACAUCUUGGUCUCCGGAAUUACCCCUACACCUCUCGGCGAGGGUAAGUCUACGACGACUAUCGGUCUGGCACAGGCACUCGGUGCCCACCUUGGACGGCCCGCCUUUGCGUGUGUCCGGCAGCCCAGUCAGGGCCCAACCUUUGGAAUCAAGGGAGGUGCUGCUGGCGGUGGUUACAGCCAAGUAAUUCCCAUGGACGAGUUCAAUCUUCACUUGACCGGAGACAUCCACGCCGUGACCGCAGCGAACAAUCUCCUAGCAGCUGCGUUGGAUGCCCGCAUGUUCCAUGAGGCAACUCAAUCAGAUAAGGCGUUGUACAGUCGUCUCGUACCUACCAAGAAGGGCAAACGUGAAUUCGCGUCGUUGAUGUUCAAGCGGUUGAAGAAGCUGGGCAUCGACAAGACCGAUCCGAACGAGCUCACAACGGAGGAAAUCACGCGCUUUGCACGCCUGGAUGUCGAUCCCGAGACUAUUACGUGGAACCGCGUCCUCGACACGAACGACCGAUUCUUGCGCAAGAUCACCAUCGGCCAUGCCGACACUGAGAAGGGCCAUGAGCGUGUCACCGGUUUCGAUAUUGCCGUCGCGAGCGAGUGUAUGGCUGUAUUGGCCCUGACUACAGGCCUGGCCGACAUGAGAGAAAGGCUUGGUAACAUGGUCGUUGCUACCAGUAAACAGGGCGACCCAGUCACGGCUGAUGACAUCGGCGUCGGAGGAGCUUUGGCUGUACUCAUGAAGGACGCCAUCAAGCCCAACUUGAUGCAGACUCUGGAGGGAACCCCCGUCUUUGUGCAUGCAGGACCCUUUGCCAACAUUGCGCACGGCAACUCAUCUAUCCUUGCUGACCGGGUAGCACUUAAACUGGCAGGUACAGAGGAGGGUGACCCCGCAGACCGGGUGGGGUAUGUACUCACCGAAGGCGGUUUCGGUGCCGACAUGGGCAUGGAGAAGUUCUGUAACAUCAAGUGUCGUGUGUCUGGCUUGACCCCCGAUGCUGUGGUCAUCGUGGCCACCACCCGUGCGCUGAAGAUGCACGGAGGAGGUCCCGACGUGACACCCGGCAAGCCUCUCCACGAGACGUACACCAAGGAAGACCUGAAUACACUUAGGGAAGGAUGCAAGAAUCUCGUCAAGCACAUUGAGAACUCGAAGAAGUUCGGCUUGAAGGUCAUCGUGGCGAUCAACCAAUUCUCGUCUGAUACACCGGCCGAGCUCAAGCUCGUGGAGGAGUUAUCCCUGGCUGGCGGUGCUGAUGCCGCAGUGGCGAGCAACCACUGGGCUGAAGGAGGAGCCGGUGCCGUCGCUCUGGCUCAAGCUGUGAUCUCUGCUUGCGAAAGUCCAUCGAACUUCAAGUUCUUAUACGACCUUAACCUACCCAUUGAUAAGAAGAUCGACAUCAUCUGCAAGGAGGUGUAUGGGGCCGAUGGCAUUCAACUCAGCGAUCUUGCUAGCAGGCAAAUCGAGACCUACACCCGGCAAGGCUUCGGUCACCUGCCUAUCUGUAUGGCAAAGACACAAUACUCUUUCUCGCAUGAUGGAAAGCUAAAGGGAGUGCCUACCGGAUUCACUGUUCCUAUCAGAGAAAUCCGUCUCUCCGCUGGAGCAGGAUUCUUAUACCCAAUUUUGGGCGACAUGCAGACCAUGCCAGGUCUUGGAACACGCCCAGGCUUCUGGGAGGUGGGACUUGACCCCGAGACAGGCCGAGUUGUCGGCCUGUUCUAGAUAAAAUUGACCUCACGCACUAGAGCUAGUCUUCACCAGACAGUUUUCUAGGCGAAGGCACCGUCUCAACACGGAGCUUUGUACCGUUCAACACGGGUACGACGGUGACCAUUGUCGCGCCAAGGAGGUGUUGAAGGGGUUAGUAACUGAAAGCUCGAGACAGUGCUUGCCCAUGUAGUUGUGGUAUCUUGCUUGGUUAUGACAUUGCUAGUCAUGACAAACGCACGGAAUAGAUGGAUGCUACUCUGGAACAUCUACUGUCCGAUGUGUUUACUACCUGGCAAUCGCGCCCCCGCGAUGGUAAGGGCAGUGGAAGGUGAGAACGACGGGAAGGAGAAGUAGCCCCCAGGCGCGAGACUACCCCCUUGCUCGUCAUAUGUGAUGUUAUUCAGAGCCGCGUCCACGUUUCGCCAGUAUGUGUUGCCAGCCAGGUCAACGUAGUUGAAGGUGUUGUUGGAUGUUCCAUUGCCGUAGU